AUCCCAAUCUAUGAAUUGGUGACAAUGAAACGGCAUAGUUGCUGUUAUCCCAAUACCAUUGAAUUGGUGACAAUACGCAGUACUCACGCUCUUAAUCCCAAAAGAGACUCAGUCAAAAUAUUUUGCUUUAUUUGCAGUGAUGAUUUUAAUUUUUUUUUAAUGCAAAACCAAACAAUAUCAAGAACUCUAAUCUUUUUCUAAAGUUUAUUAGUUAUUUUAUUGAUACAGUAACGAGUUUUUAUAUUUCAAAUCCUAACCGAAAAAGGAAGACCUUUCCACAUCCGAUAAGAAAAGACUUCAGGAUCGGAGCUCGCAUCUCUAUAGCUCCUGCGAUUCCUCUUACAACCCCGAAUACACAAUCUCCUCUUCUUUAUAUAAGAACUCACGCAAACACUUCUGCAACACACAAUAUCUUUUUCUUCUUCUUUUUUUUAACGCUCGAGCCUUCUGGUUCUUCUUUAGCAGAUCGCAUUCUUUGUUUUCUUACAAUCCAAGCUAUGUCGAAUGAUAAUGGCAAAAACCCUAUGCCCAACGAUAGGGGAAACGAUCUUGUUUUCACCGCUUUCGAGAAUCUUAAUCUCUAUGGCAACUAUAACUGUUACAACCCAGGAGAAGCCAGCAACAACAACCACCCCAACGUCAACGUUUUUAACGUUGGUCAUAUCUCCGUCGAUCGCUUCAACGUUAACGCUCCUCCGUUCACUCCGACGAGGAUGAUCCAACCAAGUGCUUCUUCCUCCGGAUCAAACUCCGCCAAACCCUUCUUUUCUUCUCAGAGUUUCGUGAGCCCCGGCGUAGUCAAAGAUCGUAACUCUCUAUCAGAACUCUUGAACAUGAUGACGUGUGCAGAACGUUUCACUGAGUUCCAAAAGUUCCUCCAACGUCUCGAUACCUAUCCAACGGCUGAGAGGGAGAGCCACUUGUCAGCGAUUGGAUCAUUGUUGACCAAGAACAACUGCACUUUUCUUGAUUUGGCGGCGAACCAAUACGGCUCACAGGCUUUACGAACCCUCUUUAGACGCAGCCCUGUCUUAGAUCAUCUCCUAUUCCGCGCCGUCUGCAUGAACUUCUUCUCGCUCAUGACUAAUAGAUGCGGUCGUGGCUUGAUCAUCCCCGCGAUACGAGCCGUCGAUAAAACCAGGAAGGAGGAUCUCUACAGGCUCACGUACAACUACGCUCUAGACCUCGCCAGGCUAGAAACCGGAUGCCUUGCCCUAAACGAUGUGUUUCAAGAGAUCAGAGGCAAAUACAGAGACCUAAUCUUCGAGUGCGUCGUCAAGAACGCGGAUUGGUUAUCUUUUGACCCCUACGGAACAGACGUUGUUCAGAACUUUCUGACACUUCAGAACCCUGGUGCAACAGCUGCAAUCGCCGAGAGACUUCGUGGAAGUUUCUUCACGUUGGCGGAGGAGAGACUAGGAAGCUAUGUGGUGGAGAAGUGUCUCAACUCGGCUUUUGCGAGAGAUAAAGUGUUGGAGGAGUUUAGAGGGAAUGAUAGAGAAUGGGUGAGAAUGGCUAAUGAUAAGUUUGGCAACUUUGUGGCACAGUGUGCGUUGAAGGUGAUGAAGGAGAAACAAAUGACUUCAAUGUUGCAAGAGUUUUUGGAGAAGCUGAGGCCUUACUUUUGCAAGAUGAAGACUGGACAUGGGAAGAACACACUGAGAGUUAUUCAAGAAGAAAUUGAGGGAUGGAGUGAUUAGUUACAAGAGAAUCUGGUUAUAUAUGAACUGAUCGAAUGCUUUUGGUUUUUUCUUUUUUGGUUAGUUUUCUGAUGGUUCUUCAUUGUGUAGUCGAUCGUAGUGGUGUUAAGGUUUUUG